ACCUUAAUUAAUCGAUGACUUGAUUAAUUAAUUAGGUAAUUAAUGAGUCACAAAUAAACAAGCUCACUAACAUGGUACAUCUGUUAAGUCAGGAUGAUAUUAUUUUUCUUAUAACAGCGCAGUCUGGAGUUUUAUGCUAGGUUUAAUGUUAUGGAACACACAUGACUCAAGUCAAGUCCUUAUGUCUUUCAUUUUACCCAGAAACUGUGAUAAUAGGGUUUCCUUUGGAUGUAGUAGCUUAGUGGUUAAGGUGUUAGUCUACUGAUCAGAAGGUUGUGAGUUUGAAUCCCAGUUCCACCAAGCUGCCACUGCAGGGCCCCUGAGCAAGGCCCUUAACCCUCGAAUGCUCAGUUGUAUAAAAUGGGAUGAAUAGUAACUCGCUCUGUAUAGGCACAUCUACCAAAUGGCAGAAAUAUAUAAAGAUAUAUUUGUUAAACACUACCUUUUGUUAAUGUGUUCAUUACUUUUUUUAAUGUUGAGCAUUCGCUUUUAAACCCCUGUGUAGGAACUGUUACUGUAGACGCAAGAGCAUAUUUAGACACAAGUGCAUUUAUAUGAACUUUUCCAUUGUCUGACUUGUGUUGUACAGAAAUAAUGCACACAAUAAAGCACUCAUGGAGCUCAUCCUCCACAAUGUCCACUGCACUCAUGGAGCUCAUCCUCCACAAUGUCCACUGCACUCAUGGAGCUCAUCCUCCACAAUGUCCACUGCACUCAUGGAGCUCAUCCUCCACAAUGUCCACUGCACUCAUGGAGCUCAUCCUCCACAAUGUCCACUGCACUCAUGGAGCUCAUCCUCCACAAUGUCCACUGCACUCAUGGAGCUCAUCCUCCACAAUGUCCACUGCACUCAUGGAGCUCAUCCUCCACAAUGUCCACUGCACUCAUGGAGCUCAUCCUCCAAAAUAUAGCAUCUAGGAUUCCCACAGAAAAUAGUCAAAGUGGUCAAACAAAGAUUUUCAUGAUCCCCUCCGAAAGUAAUGGAACAGCAAGGCCAAGUCUUUUGUUUUCCCUAUACACUGAAGACACUUGAGUUUGAGAUCAAAAGAUGAUUAUGAGGAUGUGAGAAUUUCAGCUUUCACAUUUCCUGGUAUUUGCAUCAAGAUGGGUUAAACAAUAUGAUCCACAAAAGAUCUGGAAACAAAAUUAACCUAAUAAAGCAUGGAGAAGACUACAGUGGCGGUAGUGUCAUGGCUGGGCUUGCAUGGCUCAGUAAUAUUUAUUGAUGAUGUAACUCGUGAUGGUGGCAGCAGAAUGAAUUCAGAAGUCUACAUUUUCCGAUUUGACAGUUCAGCUAAGCUCUCUGGUAUAACUCUUAUCGUCAUGCUGUUAAGAUCAACAGAUGCUUUAUAACCUGGUUACUAGUCGGGUUAUAUUAAAGCAGCUGUGGCCAUGCUGUUAAUUUGUUAUUCAUAGCCAUGGGAUCAGUAUGCUAGAAGUCACCAAUGAAAGAACCAAGAAAGAACAAAACGCUGUUGACUUGAAACAAAACGUCUUAUUAGGUAGACGUGUGUCACUGUGCUGUGAUGCAGCUCGCUGCUGUAACUAUAUCAUGUGCUACUCGUUCUGUAUCCCAACAUCCUCUGAACCACACACACGCUGGCAUUUACUAGGAAAGUUAAUUAGAGCGGAAACAUGAUCUUUUCUGAAUGAGAUCUGUGGAAACACUUGACGGAACCAAGCAAUUGGCUCAGUGUAAAGCUGUCGUAUAAAAACCUCUUGUUCAUUAUAAACUGUCACCUUGUAGUGAAACGUAUCAGGAGAAAACAAAGAUGCUCACCAGGCCCCAAGAUAAUGUGUCUUCUGUGUAGUGUGAAGAGAAAACACCACACUUCAAAGCCAAAAUGCUGGCCAGUGAAUUGGAGACGUUGGUGAUGUUUUAAUUCAGACACCUUGCUAUAAACUGAUAAAGAUUUUAGGGUCAUCAUAUAUACUUAUUUGUGUUUGUAUUAAUGUACUUAAGAUAAAAAGGUGUAUGAACACACAGUGCAUCUCAGUUUCCUGUGUAUGGGGCUGGAUAGCUGUAGACCAGUCAGAGUGGCCAUGCUGACCCCUAUAGACCACCACAUGUCAGGAUCAGAACAGGACCAUGGCACAAUGGAAGAACAUGAACUGGUCUGAUGAAUGUAUAUAUACACGUGUGGUCACUACCUGAAGAAGACAUGGAACCUUGAUGGGAAGAAGGCAGAGACAGAAUGAUGCUCUGGGUAAUGUUCUGCUGGAAAACUCUCUGUCCUGGAGUUCAUGUGUCUGUUACUUGGACACCAGACCAGACCAGGUCCACCCCUUCAUGGCAACAGUAUUCCCUAAUGGCAGUGUUCUCUUUCAGCAUGAUAAUGCUUCCUGCUACACUGCAGAAAGAGUUCAGUGAUGGUUUGAGGAACAACAAAGUUGAACUUGAAUCUAACCAUCUAGUGUCAUACCUUAAUUAAUCGAUGACUUGAUUAAUUAAUUAGGUAAUUAAUGAGUCACAAAUAAACAAGCUCACUAACAUGGUACAUCUGUUAAGUCAGGAUGAUAUUAUUUUUCUUAUAACAGCGCAGUCUGGAGUUUUAUGUUAGGUUUAAUGUUAUGGAACACACAUGACUCAAGUCAAGUCCUUAUGUCUUUCAUUUUACCCAGAAACUGUGAUAAUAGGGUUUCCUUUGGAUGUAGUAGCUUAGUGGUUAAGGUGUUAGUCUACUGAUCAGAAGGUUGUGAGUUUGAAUCCCAGUUCCACCAAGCUGCCACUGCAGGGCCCCUGAGCAAGGCCCUUAACCCUCGAAUGCUCAGUUGUAUAAAAUGGGAUGAAUAGUAACUCGCUCUGUAUAGGCACAUCUACCAAAUGGCAGAAAUAUAUAAAGAAAUAAUGUGUUCAUUACUUUUUUUAAUGUUGAGCAUGCGCUUUUAAGCCCCUGUGUAGCAACUGUUACUGUAGACGCAAGAGCAUAUUUAGACACAAGUGCAUUUAUAUAACAUAUUCCCUAAUGUCAGUGUUCUCUUUCAGCAUGAUAAUGCUUCCUGCUACACUGCAGAAAGAGUUCAGUGAUGGUUUGAGGAACAACAAAGUUGGCUUGGCCUCCAGAUUCCCCAGAUCUUAAUCUGAUCAAGAAUCUCUGGGAUGUGCUGGACAAAAAGGUCCAAUCCAUGGAGGCUCCACCUCACAGCUUACAGGACUCAAAGGAUUUUCUGCUAAUGCUUUGGUUCCAGAUACCACAGCACACCUGCAGAGAUGGCUCAGGGCUGUUAUGGUGGGAGAAGGGUACAUGCAUUAUAUUAGACUUACACUUGAGAUAAUGACUUUACAACCCAAGUGUGAAAGUGUGGAGACGGCAGAAGGAGUGGCCAUCACGGUCACUGGAGUGGCUCAGGUGAAGGUUAUGACGGACCGUGACCUGCUGGCUAUUGCUUGUGAGCAGUUCUUGGGGAAGUCUGUUAUGGAAAUCAAGGCUGUGGUCCUGCAAACCCUGGAAGGGCAUUUACGCUCCAUUUUAGGUACUUUAACAGUUGAACAAAUCUACCAGGACAGAGACAAGUUUGCCCAGCUGGUACGUGAGGUCGCAGCACCAGAUGUGGGCCGAAUGGGCAUCGAGAUCCUGAGCUUUACCAUUAAAGAUGUGUACGAUAAGCUGGACUACCUGAGCUCGCUGGGGAAAACUCAGACGGCCGCUGUGCAGAGGGACGCAGACAUCGGUGUAGCCGAAGCAGAAAGAGACGCCGGGAUCAGAGAAGCUGAGUGCAAGAGAGAAAUGAUGGACGUGAAGUUCUUAGCCGACACCAAAAUGGCCGACUCCAAGAGGGAGCUGGAGCUGCAGAAAGCAUCGUUUAACCAGGAAGUGAACACCAAGAAAGCAGAGGCUCAGCUGGCGUACGAACUCCAGGCAGCAAAGGAACAACAGAAGAUCCGUCUGGAGGAGAUCGAGAUCGAGGUGGUGCAGAGGAAGAAGCAGAUUACCAUCGAGGAGAAAGAGAUCGACAGGACGGAGAAGGAGCUGAUCGCUAUCGUCAAGCGUCCUGCCGAGGCCGAGGCUUACAAGCUGCAGCAGCUGGCUGAGGGCCAGAAGAUGAAGAAGGUGUUGAUCGCACACGCAGAGGCGGAGAAGAUCCGGAAGAUCGGAGAGGCCGAGGCCAAAUCUAUCGAGGCGGUGGGCAAAGCUGAGGCAGAGAAAAUGAGGCUGAAGGCAGAAGCCUACCAGCAGUAUGGAGACGCAGCCCAGACUGCUCAAGUAUUAGAAGCACUGCCAAAGAUUGCUGGCAAAGUGGCUGCACCUCUGUCCAAAACCAGUGAGAUCGUGAUUCUAAGUGGAGAAGGCAGUAAAGUGACGGGGGAAGUUAAUCGCCUACUGGCUGAGCUACCUGUGACCGUUAAUGCACUUACAGGAGUGGAUCUGACCAAGAUCCCUCUGCUGCAGAAGAUGACCAAUGCUCAAGCCUGAGACCUGAUGACGUUAGAGCCCUCUUCCUCUCAAUAUGUUUUAUGCACUCACUAUGAAUGCCUUUGGAACACUAAACGUUAAACUAGCGAAGUGACUUCUGAAACUUCAGAAGUGAUUUCCGAUGCCUCUGGUGCCUUAAUGUUUUAUAGGACCAGAAUAUUUGCAUGUACUGCUGCUCCUCAUUCCCUCUUCAUGUUUGUAUGUUGUUAUUUAUUUAUUUGUGAGUGAUUGGGUGCAUAUACAGUGCAUAUGGACAGAUAAUGACAUACAGGUUUUUUCAUUGUAGCAAUGUAUUUUAUAUGCAUGUGAACCCAUGUCAUCAGUUAAAGUAUUUUUAGUAUUUUUUUUUUUAUAGGUCAUUUUUGUGAUAUGUUUAGCUGCCCGUAGUGCAGCUGCUGAUGUUCUAGAGCUUAGAGUUAUUCAGGAAAUACAAAAAUUGCCACCUGCAUUAAAAGUCUACAGAGAGUACUGUUUCAAGGCGUAACUUCUGUACUCUUGGAUGCAAUCAACCAAGUGCUACUUCUUCCCUCCUUCAGCCUAUAUGGAUAGCUGUAUAAUUAAAGUCGAUCUCAGAUAUUCCUGCAUGGAAUAUUAUCUUCUCAAGUUUAAAACCUUUUGCGUUUUCUUAGGGAUCGACUUGAUGAUUUUUUAGCUCUGGACGGGAAAUGUGUCAUGGAUCCAGAGGUUUUCUCGGUGUGGAAAUUCUAAUCUAAUAUCACUGGUCUAAUUCCAGGUCUGGUAAAUAUGUGACCUAUAAGACAUAUUACUAUAUUUUACAUUAGACAGAACAAGUUGUUUUUAAUCCAUAAUACGGGAUACAUUCCAGGACCUCUGUCAUUUUUCUAAAUCAUUUUUCUUCUACACUUAACGUCGUGUCACGUUGUAUGUAUAUUCAUGAAAGUAUCUACACGAUAUCUGUGAUCUGUCACUGUGAAAGUUCUGUCCUUUUCUUCUGUUAGAAUUUAUUGAUGUGAGUAGAUGUGCCACACUCAGUUGUGUUGCGAGCGGCAGUAACACUUAUACUCAUUGUUUUAUUUUAUUUCUUAUAAACCGAUGCUUACUACAGACAAUGAAGCCAAGAAAUCAUUUAUUCUUCAUUUAUGUGAAACUGAUAACCAAAAACACACACACACACACACACACAAUACAUUAGAGGCAACCAUUUUGCCUUUCUUUUUUUUUUUUGACAAAGUAUUUGCUUAAACAAGUUUUUAAAAAGGUCAUUGUUCAAGCCUGCUCUGAAAUUUGAGUGAAGAUUUCCUGCAUAGGUUUCAGGGCUGAUUUAUGUUAUUACUUGAGCUUUGGUCUCUACUGUAUAGUCAGGACUGUUAAAGCCAUAGCAUAAUGGAUCCAUUCAUUUAUUUUAGAUGAUGUGUCAUUUAUAUGGCAUUAUCCUCUGAAAUGUAUUGUUAUGCUUUCGAAAAACUUCUAGGACAUUUCUUCAGACUCCAAUGGCAAAAUGUUUUCUGUGUUCUAUAUUAGACCUCACCCUAAAAUGUACCAAGGUUUUUACUGACAUUUACCUGUGCAUGGUACUUUUGCAUGUGUGUUCAAAUUAAAUAAAUGUUAAGUGCUCAGA